CUGUAUGUCAGAAAAACAACACAACACACUGUUGUGGGCCACAUUACUGCGCAAGUGCAUCAUUGCACGGGUAGUCUGACAGAACAGUGAAUGUUUGUUGGCUAGUGAAGAAUUUAAAAUCCUGUAAAAUAAGAAAUAAUUUAAGACAUUUCGCCCAUGUUUUAUUUCUGUAAAUUGAGCAGAGACUGAUAAAUCAAUCGCGGAGCUGUGGGGAUAAAGUUUCUCCCUAUUUCCUCAGGUGGGAAGAUGUCAUAUCACUCGUCUUCUCACAGCUCUUCGCCUAACACCGAUUGCAAGGUCUAUGUUGGGGACUUCGUCAACGGUGCUGCUAAGGCUGAGCUAGAGCGGGCGUUCAGUUACUAUGGCCCUUUACGCAGCGUUUGGGUGGCCAGACCCGCAUGUUUCGCCUUUGUGGAGUAUGAGGAUGCCCGUGACGCAGAGGACGCAGUUAAAGGCAUGGAUGGAAAGGUGCUGUGCGGCUCUCGGAUCCAUGUGGAGCUGUCCACUGGCAUGUCACGGAAGACCAAACAUGACCUCCCCAGCCGUCACCACUUUGACUCUCAAGACUGCUGCUACCAUUGUGGGGACAGGGGCCACUAUGCCUACGACUGCUACCGUUUCAGCAGGAGGGGUGGAGGUCGUCGGAGCAGAUCGCGGUCUCGUUCCGGAUCCAGGUCACGUGGCAGCCGUUAUCGAUCCCGUUCCCGCAGCAAUGACCGAGGCAGGCACCGCUCCCAAUCUUAUCCCAAACAUCGGAAGAGGUCCGGCUCCCCUGUGUGGUCCAAGUCCAGGACAUCUGUUAGGAGUCGUUCUCGGUCAGGGUCCCGGGCCAGAGGGCGCUCGGCGUCCCGCUCUCUCUCCAGAUCCCGCUCUCCCAGCCAUAAGAGGAAUAGGUUAGCUCUCUGCCUCGUCAACCCAUACCUUCACAGCUGCUCCUGUACUGUUCGUUCCAGAUCUCCAAGCCAGAAAAAGAGCCCCACCCCAGGGGAAGAUUGAUUUGAAGACUAAACUCGUCCCCAUCCCCCUCCGACCAACUGGCUUUAGCCUUGCAGCUAUUUGUUUUGUCUUUGUUCCCUGCAUUGAUUAGAAUCUACCCCUACCUUUCUGAUGCUGUAUAAUUACACUCUACAGGAUUAGUUUCAUAUCUAACCAUGCAUCCCUUACAUGAUGUCACAUUCCUAAAAUGGCUCUUGUGUGUGUCAAAACAGUUCAAAUAGCUAAUUUCAGAAGUGGGAUUUGUGAACCACAACUUUGUAUUUGUUAUUAUUUCUUAUCUACUAUAUUCAGCGUGGCAUUGCGUUAAAGAGCUGUAAGAUACUUUAAAUGUUGCUUUCCCUUUUUUAUGACACUGGCAGAUUUUGGAAUAAAUCGACACAUUAA